UUUAUAAUAACAUUGGCCAAUUGAUGGAAUGUCACACACUAAGCUCAGCAUUUUCAAAAUUGUUAAGACCUACCAUCGCAAUCGCUCCUCAGACGCACAAAGUAUUAUGCAAGGAUCUAUUGAAUCAAUGAGGCAUCAUGGAAAUACACUCAAACGUGCCAUUAAAGAAUAUGCACGCGCCAAGAAUCCCGUUUUCAGACCAUAUUCCUUCUCAUAUUCAAAUUCUGGUCCAUCCACAGAAGAGAAUGUUUUCGUGACGACCACAAUAGGAGACAUUCUGAAGGCCAAGAGAAAAGAUGGCAACGUCAUUUGCCACUGGUGCACAACCCAGGACACUGUUUAUGAUGCUAUCAACAUUAUGACAAAACAUAAUGUUGGAUCUUUGGUGGUAGCCAAGCCAGAUGAAUAUAAAUCAAUAACGGGAAUCAUUACUGAGAGAGACUAUCUCAAGAAGAUGAUACUGCAGGGACGAUCCUCCAAGUUCACAAGAGUAGGGGACAUCAUGACUGAUGAGAAUAAACUCAUUACAGUGACCUCAGAUACAAGCAUUCUACAAGCAAUGAAACUUAUGACAGAGAAGCACAUCAGACACAUACCUGUGAUAGAUGCGAAGAUGGUCGGGAUGGUCUCCAUUCGAGAUGUUGUCCAAGCAGUGGUAGACGAGCAGAGUGGGGAGCUGAAGCGCUUGAACGAGUUCAUUCAACGUGGUUACUAGAAGAUGGAAAAAGACUAAAAUUAUUAUGUUUAGAACUUUCUUAUACAGCGAUUGUAUUUUUUGUGUUUUUUUUUUUUUGAUGAAGAGACCAACUCCACUAGAAAAGAACUAAUAAUCAAAAGGGUUCCCUCUUUAAAAUUGACUACAUUUCUGUUCCUUAGGUAUACCAUCAGGUUCAUGUAUGUCUUUCACACUUUUGUACUUGCAUACAAGAUCAAGACCAAUUGUUCCACCAUUUCAUAGAUUAUUACAUGACUUAUUGGAGUAAUGUUUGUUAAGAUGAACACAUUGUACAUGAAGGUAGAAUUUUAACUAAAUAUCUAUAGUCCACUAAAUAGCCUAAGCAACACAUACCCAACUUACCAUUCAAAAAAAUGACAAGCACAUGAAUGGAAGUCCAUGCAUUCUUGUAUUGCCAUAGCAACCUCACAUAAUGAGGAAAAUUCUUCACUAAACAGUUAAAGCAAAAGCAAAUUUGAUGCAUAGCAGAAAGAAAAUAAGAAUACUAUCUUAGUCACCACCAUAUUGAACAAUACA